AUGGAUAGAAAUUAGUCAGAAGAAGAGAAAAAGAACUAGAACCCAUUGGAUUAAUACUAUAAUUCAUUAUUAUUUCCAUCUUAAGGGUUAUCCUGUUAUUCAUAGUUCUUACCAACUUAUUCUAUAGAUACUUGCUUCAUUCUCUCCCAAGAAGUUCAAUCUACAAUAUUUUAAAUAGAAACACAAAUGAUCCCUAAAAAGAAAACCAUGGAAAAAAUUCUAAGGAUUUCAAAAAGAAUUCAAAGAAAAACUAAAAAAAAUCAGAAUUCUAAAAUUAUUGCCAAUCCAAUUCUAAACUAGAUUAGAGAUCUUAUAAAUUAAGUUAAUUAAGACACUCCUUUCUACCGAAUCAAAGUUGUUAAAAAAUUGAAAUCGGUGAUUGAAAAUCUAGAAAAUCUGUUAGAAAAUAUAAAACAUCAACUCCUUGUUUAGCUUUAAGAUUAGGAGUCCCAUAUAAUAAGUCAAUGA